UUUCCAAACUGUGUGUUUGUAAUGUCAACAGGGAUGCAGACCAACUCUCUCCAAGCCAUGAUAGUAUGCUCUUGGUUGAAGCCGAGUUUCUCAGAGGGAUGAUGGCAGAUGCGCCAACUCGGAACUCUAACACCCGUCAUACCCGUCUAUUUCAGCGCGUGGUUGAACAACCUUCUCUGACAGCUGUUCCUGUCGUUGGUAGAGCCGCGAGAACUGUCUUCGCAUCGGAAUAACAUCAAAGGGUCCCCCCUAUUUCCCAGUAAUUUGCCCCCGUCUCGGCGCUCGCAGCUUUCAUCCACGGCUCUCCUCCAACAUGCCCCUCGCCAUCAUCUUCUACUUCCUUUCCUGAAUCUUUUGCUCACUGCGUCCCCUCGCCCCUCGCUUCUUGCCCCUCCUUCCCUUCUUUUCUUCUUUUCAUCCUCCACUGCUGUUUUUUCUUGGUGCCCAAAUCCGCAGCGAAGGGCCUCUUCUCUUCUGCCAUCUUUUUAUUUCUUUUGUUCAUCACCCACCAUCUUUCAUCCAAUCCACGCCUCCUCAAACCUCCUUUCCCUCCAGCUUCCUGGCGACGAGACUCAUACGACCCCCAUCAGGCCGUCGCCAUGAUUCAAAAUCGACCUCGUCGGGUUGUAGUUCAGCAGAAGCGACGUGUGCUGGGAGAGCUGGACUCAAACCACGACCUGUCUCUCUCGUCACGGUCCCAUCAAGCGCCGCCCCAUCGUCCUAGAGCAAGAGAACAAGCUUGCUGUUUUGACCGGAGUGCAACGUGAAAUUUACGACAUGAAUGAGGUGGUGGUAUUAACUAACUAUCAGGGCAGCUCACCCGCAGCCUCGGCCGAAGUUACCCAGGCCCCAGGUUACACUCACCAACAGUCCCAGUUUCUGUCUCCUGUCACCCCAUCUCGCCAGGGGCCACUUGCGGAAGCUGAGGAAGUCGGUAUGGAGCACUACCGAACUCAAGACCAUGAGGUGGCAGUUCAAGAGGCUCGGGGCCAGUUUGAAGAGGAGCUAGAGGAUGGGCCAGAGGGAGAUUUGGACCAAGAUGAGCCGGCGCCGGAGGACGACGACCCCGACGCCUAUGGCUAUAGAGAGCCUCGCGAUGACGACACCUACUACAGCGAGGAAUACAUGGAUGAAGACGACUUUGACGACGGGCAGGAGCAGGACAAUUCCGACCAGCCUCAGGAACCCCCAUUUGACCCCACUGCUCUCGGAUUGAAGGAGAUCAACAACCUUGCGCAUUUUGGAGUCAGCAGCCACAAGCCUGGAAAUGGAGUUACCGAGCUCUUGAGCGACGAUACAGACAAGUACUGGCAAUCGGACGGCCAACAGCCUCACCUUCUCACGAUGCAUUUUGUGCGCCGUGUUGAGAUCCGUGCCAUCCGGUUCUACGUGGAUUAUAGCCAAGACGAGUCUUAUACGCCUACCAACAUUGUCUUCUAUGCCGGGACAAGCCCUCAUGAUCUGAUUCAGUUUGCCGAGAUGCCUCUGGUGAACCCUGUGGGUUGGCAAGACGUUCCCAUCAGCGAUGCUGGCGGCGGCUAUGAUGGACACUCUUUGUGUUGCUGGGUGGUGCAGAUGCACGUCAAAGAAAACCACCAAAAUGGCAAAGACACCCACAUCCGUGGCAUCAAGAUUUACGGCCUGGAUGAGAACUUGGUGGGGGGAGCGGCGCUAGAAGACCUACCCCGGGAACCCACCAUCAAUCUUGCCUCACGCCCUUCCAACCGAGCCACACUGCAAAGCUUGACCGUGGACGAGGAAAAGACUCUCCAGGAGCUUCUUGAUUCUUUUGACCAACAUCCACCUUCUGGGGAUGGGAGCUUCUCAAACUUCCCCGACUUUAUGCGGGAGCCCGAGAUUCGCUGAAGGAUUUGUUUUUACCAACACCACCUGCUGCCUCUAUUGCAUUUAAGGAGGUUUUCCUUGUGGUGAUGGAUGAACGCGAUGGCCCUGUCGGCGGUACUAAUAGCCAAUAACUGGAAAUGGUAUAUAUUCUUGAAGUCACUCUUGAUAGGUGUAGAAAGGACUCUGCAUUUACCUGUCUCCGCUUCCGUUUGCACCGAUGUGAAAUAAACAGCAGGAGGACCACCAC